AUGGCCAAGAACAACCAUAUGCCUGCCGGUGGUAACAGUACCACUGGGGAUGCUCGCCUUAAAGAAGAGGUUCUGACCCCAAUCACUUCAGCCUCGACUCCUCAUAGAAUCUUUAGCGUGGACGAUGAUCCAAAAGAGAUUCAAAAUGACAUCAGGUAUCUUGAAGGUUUACAUGAAGGUUUGAAAUUUGCACUUCAUGCUAACAAAUCUAAACGAUCCGUUAGCUCGCAAUCACCUAUCGUACAUAGUGGCAAUAACACGUCACACCAUCACGAGCAUCAACAGCACUUGCCGCCCACACUGGAGUCCCUAUCCUCCAAGUCGCACUCUGUGCCGGAAUUGAAUACAGUUGCACCUGUGUCUCCUAAACGAAUGCAUUCAUCUAUCCGGGAGUUGCCCCAUGAUGGCAACGACGAUAGGGAUGAGAAUGAGGAUAGUCGGUUCAUUAUUCACGACUCGCAUGGUCAUGAUUUGUUAAUAGACGAAAUCAAUUGUCAAUCGCCUUCACACUUGGAAAGUAAUGACCAAGCUUCGAAUGCUUCUUCUACAGAGUCAUUUACGUUACGAGAAAGACAGGAUGCCAUCAAUGAGACCCAUCCUUUCGGUAUUAGAAUAUGGAAACCUGCUCUGUAUAAGAAGCACCGGUCCGUUCAAAGAACUGCAGCUCAAGACAUCCAUGAGACACAGUUGAAAACCAUCACAUGGGAGGUGAAUUGUUCCAAUGUGCUAUGGUCUCUUUUGUUUGGUUUGCCCAUUGCGAUACUUUUCUACUCGGCGGCUAUUUUGGUAUUUAUAUUGGGCGGCGGAGGAUUGAUGACGAACUCUGCCAAGGACUACUCCAAGUGUCUUUACAAGCUUGCUAACUACUUCCUUUGGCCCUUCGGCAAGAUGGUGUACUUGCUGCAGGACGAGCAGUAUUUGCAAGAAGACAAAGAUGAAGGUAUUAGUAUGCAGCAGUUCUACAAUUGGGUGACUUCAUACUCCAAUAGACUGGUGUUCCAUCAGUCGCAAGCCAAACUACAGCAAAGAGAGGAACAGCCCGCUACAACGACGGAAUCAUCUUCGUUAAUGCCGCCCGUCAACACAACGGAAACACCGCUUAAUUCGAAUCAUCCAUCAUAUAAUUCUAUCAGACACGAAAUCCCACAUACAGCAACUCAAAGGAGGUAUUUUGGUAGAGGUAAAUGGAGUUGGGGCCGUGUGCUUUUCUAUACAAUUUUCCAUCUCGCCUUGCAGCCGAUUCUUGCCCUCUUAUCCCUUUGUCUAUGGCUUCUGGUGUUUACUAUUCCCAUGAGUAAUGUGCUUUGGCAAAUCAUGUACCAUUGUAGAAGACACCCAUUAGCGUUAGGGUUCAAAAAUAUAGAGAACUCGUCCCAAUCUCAUGAAAAUGCGAUAAUCCAGCAGCAAUUGAACAAAAAUAUUCUCUUAUGUACGUUCCGUGCUGCUGGUUGGCAUUAUUACAAGUACACAGUUGACGGGACAAACGUUAUUGUUGUCAAUUUAAUCACCAUUGUGUUUUUCACGAUUUUCGACUUUUAUGUUUUGAAGAAUUUACUUAGUUGGAAAACGUGGUUCACAGACGAAUCUUCAAUAUUCAUUCUUUGUUUAACCUCUACCAUCCCAUUAGCAUUCUACAUUGGCCAAGCAGUCGCUUCGAUAUCCGCUCAAACUUCCAUGGGUGUUGGUGCUGUCAUUAAUGCAUUUUUCUCGACCAUCGUAGAAAUUUUCCUGUAUUGCGUAGCAUUGCAGCAAAAGAAGGGUCUCUUAGUGGAAGGAUCCAUGAUUGGUUCGAUUUUGGGUGCCGUGCUUUUAUUACCAGGACUGUCCAUGUGUGGCGGUGCUCUGAAUAGGAAAACUCAAAGAUACAACCCAGCAAGCGCAGGUGUCUCUUCCGCAUUGUUAAUUUUUUCUAUGAUUGUGAUGUUUGUUCCCACUGUUUUAUACGAAAUAUAUGGGGGGUAUUUAGUGAACUGUGCAGAUGGUGCUAACGAUCGUGAUUGUACCUUUUCACAUCCUCCCCUAAAGUUCAACCGUCUAUUUACCCAUGUCAUUCAGCCAAUGUCCAUAUCCUGUGCCAUUGUUCUUUUCUGCGCUUAUAUCAUUGGGUUGUGGUUUACUCUUAGAACACAUGCAAAGAUGAUCUGGCAAUUGCCAAUUACAGACCCAACUUCAACUGCGCCUGAACAACAGGAACAGGGUUCACACGACGCACCCAAUUGGUCAAGAAGCAAAUCUACUUGUAUUUUACUCAUGUCCACGCUUUUGUACGCAAUAAUCGCAGAGAUUCUCGUGUCUUGUGUCGACGCUGUCCUAGAGGAUAUCCCCUCAUUGAAUCCGAAAUUUCUUGGCCUUACCAUUUUUGCUCUAGUUCCCAAUACCACAGAAUUCUUGAACGCUAUUUCGUUUGCCAUACAUGGUAACGUGGCACUAUCGAUGGAAAUCGGUAGCGCUUAUGCCUUACAAGUUUGUCUUUUACAAAUUCCGGCCUUGGUCAUUUAUUCCAUCUUCUACACAUGGAACGUUAAAAAGUCUAUGAUCAACAUCAGAACACAAAUGUUCCCAUUAGUCUUUCCUCGUUGGGAUAUUUUUGGUGCCAUGACGAGUGUUUUCAUGUUCACCUAUUUGUAUGCUGAAGGGAAAAGUAAUUAUUUCAAGGGUUCCAUGUUGAUAUUACUAUACAUUAUUAUAGUUGUGGGAUUUUACUUCCAGGGUGCUCUCUCAGAGUAG